AUGAGUCAAGAACUGAAAAACGAUUCAUUGAGUGUUCAAAAUAGUUCAACUGCAGAUCCAGAUUUCCAGUAUAGUUCAAACAAUGAAAAAUCACCCCAAACUGUUGUGAAUAUUCAUGAUUCUGGUAUGAAAAAAAUUGAUUUAGCAAAAGGCAGUCAUAGUUCAUUAAUAAAUUCAAUGGCAACUGUUCCAGAUUUUAUUCAAUCUAAAAGUUCUAACAUUAAUAGACCAAAUCAUGAUAGGCUUCAAGAUUAUAAGUACUCGAAUGAUAAUGUUGAUGAUUUAAAAUUAUCUAAACAAUUAUUCAUCAGUAACUCACCAUCAGACUUAGCCAAAGAAGAUAUUUCUUCUACAGCUUCAUUGUCUUCUAAUCAAUCGGAUAAUUCGGUGCAGAAGCAGUCAAAUAUUUUAUCAGCUCAAGUGUCUGGACUAUCAACAAUUAUUAAGUCAAAUUCUAAUUUAUCAAAUUCAAAUUAUAUCAUGAAACAACCUAGUAUCAUGUCUGAAGCAUCUAAUGUUAUUCAUUCGACUCAAGAAAGGCGGGUUCAAUCUACCUUAAGUUAUAAGAUCGAAUCUACUACUGGUUUAGAUCGUCAGCCACUUACUAAUCAAUAUCAAAGUUUGUCAAAUCAAUUAGCAACAAAAACUCCACUGAAGCAAAAUCCUCCAAUUAGUAGUUCGAGACCAGUACCAUCAGUAUCACACAAAAAUUUAUUUCAAACACCACAAAAUAAAACAUCUGGAGAUUAUGUUAACUCAUCUCAUAUUCAAACACCAGCAACUAUAUUUUCUCAUUGGACGCAAAAUAAUAUGAUGAGUACACCCUUACAAAAUAGAAUGCUUGGCUCUGGUCAGACUCCCGGACAAUCUCUUAGUUCUAAAAGAGAUUCACAAUGGCAAAGAAAUUCAGAUUCUUCAGUAAAAGGAGCCAGAAGACCAUUAGCAGAGACGUCAGAAAGUCGAGCAUCGGUUAAAAAUUUACCAUCACAUGGAAAAACUCUUGAGAUUAACGAGAAUCAGAGUCGUGAACAUUUGAAAACUAUUCCUGAAAAAUUAUCACUUGUUUCAUCUGUUAGUGACUUUAAAGAAAAUAGACAGCCACCUGUUCGAGACAUUUCAAUAAGUCAAGCUGAAUUAAAAUUUCAGUCAUCGGAGAAUGAUACUCAAAAACAUUUUAUUACGUCAAGAAGUAGAUCAGCAGAACCUAUUCCUGAUCAUUAUAACACUGAAAAAAAGAAUACUACAGGUGAAUAUGUAUCUAAGAACUAUCCAAUAUGUAAUUUAUCAAAACAUAAUGAAUACGAAAUUGAUAAACAUCGAGGCGAGUUAAAGAAUAAGCCUACAACACAUAUCUCUGAUACUUAUUCCACUGAAAAACGACAUACCAUGGGAGAUCAUAUGCCUAAUACUUAUAAAGUUAAUCAUCAAUCACGACGUACUGAUUACGAACUUGAAAAACACCCAAGUGAAUCAAAAGGUAUAUUGACAAAACCUCUUUCUGAAAGACACGCAAGUAAUAGACCUACAGUGACCCAUGAAUCUGUAGCAGCACGUGAGAAUAUAAAUAAAAAUUCAACGGUUGAUAAUGUCAAAAUUCAAGCAUCAGUACCUUCAAGUACGAAAAAAUCUCAACACGGAAAGACAAUUACUGUUAAAAACAAAGAAUAUAUGAUUCUAGGUUUCUUAGGUCAAGGAAUGAGUGGAAAUGUUUAUCGUGUACAAGACCUAAAAACAUUUGAAUUGAGAGCUAUUAAAGUUGUUGAUUUAUCACGGAUGGAUAAAGAAAAUAUGCAAAGUUCCAUUCAAGAAAUAAAUAUGCUUUGUAAGCUGCAAGCUCCAUGCAUUGUACAAAUGUUUGAUUAUGAGAUAAUAGGGCAAACUAUUUAUGUUGUCUUGGAAAUGGGUGAUACGGACUUGAGUAAAUUUAUCAAAACAAUUUGUGCUGAAAAAAAAUUACCAGUUACAAUGAUAUUGUACUACUGGACUGAGAUGUUAACAGCUGUUAAAUAUAUCCAUGAUCACGGUGUUAUACAUUCAGAUUUGAAACCAGCUAAUUUUUUACUUGUACGAGGUAGAUUAAAACUCAUUGAUUUUGGUAUUGCUUCGACAGUUCACGGUGACAUGACAUCAGUUAUAAAAAAUGUAACUGUUGGUACUCUAAAUUACAUUAGUCCUGAAGCAUUGAUGGAUGUUGAUGAAACAUCACAUCAAAACAGUAAAUACAAAAUUAGCUACAAGUCUGAUGUUUGGUCUCUUGGAUGCAUUUUAUAUUCUUUAGUAUUUGGUUACACUCCUUUUCAACAUAUUCGUCAAAAUUGGGCUAAAAUUGGAGCUAUUACAAAUCCGUCAACUAAAAUAUCAUUUGAUCUACCACCUAAUUCACAACCAAUACCUUCAAUUUUGAUAGAUGUUAUUAAAAGAUGUUUGAAUUAUAAUCCAAAAGAAAGACCAUCAGUUUGUGACCUGAUUAAUAUUCAAUACAUAUCAAUAACGAGUAAUAACACUAAUAUUUCUAAACCGAAUAUUCCUCAUAACACUUUGGUAAAAAUAAAACAGGCAUUGGAUGAAAACGAAUGGCGUCAAUUCAUUGAGAUGAUGGACAACAGAAUAGUUUAA